AUGUUUGGGAAACAAGACAAAAUGGACGUUAGAUGCAGUUCAGAGACUGAAGCUAACCGGGUCUCGAAGAACGGACAUAAAGAGGGCAAGGAAAGCAAAGGGUCUGAAGGAAAUAUUUCUACUUCUUUUUUGAAGGAUCAGCAAGGGACUUUUUCUGCCUCUGCAGCUACAGAAGAUUGUAAUAAAAGUAAAUCUAGUUCGGCUGAUCCGGACUAUUGCAGGAGGAUCCUAGUUAGAGGUAUGAGUUUGAGGUAUUUCGCGAGGGUUUCAAUCAGAGAGAUUAUUCUGCCCAAGGGGCUUGAUCUGGACCGUCCCAAGCGGACCCGCACCUCCUUCACCGAGCAGCUCUACCGCCUGGAGAUGGAGUUCCAGCGCUGCCAGUACGUCGUGGGAAGGGAGCGCACCGAGCUCGCCCGCCAGCUCAAUCUCUCCGAGACUCAGGUCAAGGUCUGGUUCCAGAACCGGCGCACCAAGCAGAAAAAGGACCAGGGCAAAGACUCCGAGCUUGCGUUUCGGUGUGUCGAGACCGCCGCCACCUGCAGCGUCCUACGGCUGCUGGAACAAGGACGGCUGCUCUCCCCGCCGGGGCUGCCGGGCCUCCUGCCGCCUUUGUGCUACCGGAGCCCUGGGCUCAGCGCUGCGGGGACCCGCCUGGCCACGGGCAGCGGCAGCGCUGCGGCAGCGGCGGCGGCCCCGGCCGGGGGUUCCCCGCACCCUCCGGCUGCCAGCGGCGCGGGCCGGGCCCCCCCGCCGGCCCCGCUGCACGGAGCGGCCGCCGCCGGGCACGGUCUGUUCGGGCUGCCGGUGCCCGCGCUGCUGGGCUCGGUAGCCGGGAGGCUUUCCUCCGCUCCCCUGGCCGUGGCCGGUUCGCUGGCGGGCAACUUGCAGGAACUGUCGGCCCGCUACCUGAGCUCGUCCGCCUUCGAGCCCUACUCCCGGACCAACAAUAAAGAAAGCGCUGAGAAAAAAAGCACUGGACUGACUCUAAGUAACUUCCCGUAUUUAUAUUUAUAG